AUGGCUCCGAAAGAGGUGGUUGUAGUCAAAGUUGUGCCACAAAAAUUGCGGCGAAAUGAGCGAGAAAGGAAGCGGGUGAAUCAGGUGAGCGCAUUUUUUUUUUGAAUUUUUGGAUUUCCCGCCGAAUAUUCUAGAUUAGCAAUUCAAUUUCCAAAAAAAAAUUUAAUUUCAGGUCAAUCAAGGUUUCAAUAAAUUGAGAGAGCGUGUUCCACGAGCGCCAGGAUGCAAACAAAAAUUGUCAAAGGUUGGUUUUUUGGGGGAGGAUUUUUUUGAAACAGUGAAAAAAGGAGGCGAUACAUUUUGUUUGUGUAAUGUUGCGCGGGCACUAAAUUAGAUGGAUUUUUUGGGAGUCAGGAAUAAAUUAUUGCCGGGGAAAAUGGGGGGUUUUGGGAAGUUUUUCGAACAGAAUUUGAUUUAAAACAUAUUUUGAAACUGUAAAAUUUGAGAAAAAUUCACUGUUUCAAAAAUUUCAUAUAUAUUUUUUUUUAGAAAAUUGAAGCUUGCUGAAUUCACUUCUAGGGAUUCAUAAAAAAGUUCACUGUUUCAAAAUUUGUAUAAAUUAUGACAGAAAUUUUCAAAACUGCUUGAAGAUUCAAAAUUUCAAAAUUUCAAAUCUGAAAAAAUUCACUGUUUCAAAAAUUUCAUAUAUUUUUUUGGGAAAAUACAAGUUUGGUGUUGCAUCUUUUCACGUCUGAAAAAAUCACUUUUUCAAAAAUUGUAUAAAUUCUGACAGAAAUUUUAAAAACGGCUGGGAAAUUGAUAAAUGUUCAAUUUCAAAUUUUCAAUUGUGAAAAAAUUCACUGUUUCAAAAUUUCAAUAAAUUAUGACAGAAAUUUUCAAAACUGCUGGGAAAAUGAAUUUUCAAGUCUGAAAAAAGUUCACUGUUUCAAAAAUUUCAUAUAUUUUUUGGGAAAAUUAAAAUUUGAUUUUAGAUAUUUUCAGAUUUCAUAAAAAGUUCGCUGUUUCAAAAUUUCUAUAAAAUUCGACAGAAAUUUUCAAAACUGCUGGGAAAAUGAAUUUUCAAGUCUUACAAAUAAUUCACUGAUUCAAAAAUUUCAAAUCUGAAAAAAUUCACUGUUUCAAAAACUUCACAUAUAUUUUUUUGGGAAAUUAAAGUUAUUGGUAUUGUUUCUAGGGCUUCAUAAAAAAAUUCACUAUUUCGAAAUUUCUAUAAAAUCUGACAGUAAUUUUCAAAAAUGCUUGAUAGAUGUUCAAAAUUUUUCAAAUCUGAAAAAAUUCACUGUUUCAAAAAUUCCAUAUAUUUUUUUGGGAAAAUUGAAGUUUGGUUGAAAUCUUUUCACGUCUGAAAAAAUCAUUUUUUUUUAAAUUGUAUAAAUUUUGACAGAAAUUUUAAAAACUGCUGGGAAAUUGAUAAAUGUUCAAUUUCAAAUUUUCAAUUGUGAAAAAAUUCACUGUUUCAAAAAUCUCAAAUUUCCCCAAAAGCCUAACACGAGCAAUCCCAAAUCUAUUCCAGGUCGAAACAUUGCGCGAAGCCGCUCGCUACAUCCAACUCCUUCAAUCUCAACUCGGCCUCCCUUGCCAGCAAAUUUCCUUCUCCAAUUUCCCAACUCCCGAAAAUUCACCAAAUUACCCGCCGCCAUUGAAUCAUCAGUCUCAAAAUUUCCCUUAUCAAAAUCCGCAAUUCUCCUCCCAGUUUCCACAGGAAAAUCAGAAGACUCAACAACAAAUUUCUCCCGGAUCUUGCAGUUAUUAUAGUGAUGAGGCUGGAAGUAAUUAUGAUUAUCAUAUGCAUUAA